AUGGAGAGAGGCAAUCACACUGUGACUGAGUUUAUCCUGGUGGGCUUCACAACAGACCCUAUGAUGCAGUUGAUCCUAUUCGUGGUGUUCCUCGGCGUGUACUCCGUGACUGUGGUGGGAAAUAUCACACUCAUGGUGUUGAUUUGCAACGACUCUCGGCUCCACACACCCAUGUAUUUUUUUAUUGGCAAUCUAUCAUUCCUGGAUUUCUGGUAUUCUUCUGUGUACACCCCAAAGAUCCUAGUGACCUGCAUUUCUGAGGACAAAAGCAUCUCCUUUGCUGGCUGUGUAGCUCAAUUCUUCUUCUCUGCUGGCCUGGCAUAUAGUGAGUGUUACUUAUUGGCUGCGAUGGCAUAUGACCGUUAUAUGGCCAUCUCAAAACCACUUCUUUAUUCCCAAGCAAUGUCCAUAAAGCUAUGUGCAUUUUUAAUAGUAGCCUCAUAUCUUGGUGGAUUUAUUAACUCUUCUGUCAUCACCAAAAGAACUUUUGCCUUAAACUUCUGUGGUGACAACGUUAUUGAUGACUUUUUCUGUGAUUUACUUCCCCUGGUGAAGCUGGCAUGUGGCAGAAAAGAUGGCUACCAGACUCUACUGUAUUUCUUCUUGGCCUCCAAUGUCAUCACCCCCACUAUGUUCAUACUUGCCUCCUACCUUUUCAUCAUUGCCACAAUCUUGAGGAUCCGCUCCACCCAGGGUCGCCUCAAAGCCUUCUCAACCUGCUCCUCACACUUACUCUCUGUCACCUUAUAUUAUGGUUCUAUUCUUUACAUCUACUCUCGCCCCCGAUCUAGCUAUUCCAUGGAUAGGGACAAAAUAGUUUCUACCUUUUACACUGUGGUCUUCCCCAUGUUAAAUCCCAUGAUCUAUAGCUUGAGGAAUAAGGAUGUGAAAGAGGCUCUGAAAAAGCUCUUGAAAUAA